GCGCUCAGAUUUAGAAAUAGACUUUAUUUCCUUUCCAUGUCUUAUAAGCUGAGUCGAGUUUGCUUACUGAUCAAUAUGCAUUGAACCUUUCUCUUAACAGACACCCAGAAUGGCAGCAGUUGCGUCCAAUUUUGCUCCGACAGUCACAGUAAAAGUGUACAAGAAUGGAAACCGCAACUUUCUUGGUAAAACGCUUGUUAUCAACAGACGUCACAUCCGGACAAUGGACGCCCUGUAUGAUGAAGUUACGGCGCACAUUGCGGCGUUUAAUGCUGUGAGGAAAAUUUGUACACCCAUCGGCGGUCGACCAAUCCAGAGCUUGGAGAAUAUUCAAAACAAGAGCGUCUACGUGGCGGCAGGACGAGAAGAGUUUAAAAAGCUGAACUACGCCGAUCUGGGCAUUUCAAAGCGGCGUCCGCCUCGUAAGACGAACAAUUCUCCAAAGAAAAUGGUCAUUGUGACGGAGGGAAGACAUAAGAUGGAUUACGAGUGGGGCAAACGAGAGUUGAAAAUCAUUCACGUGUUCUGUAAUGGAGAUGUGUUCAGACCGAGUGUGAAAAUCGUACUUCAAAAGCGAUUGCAGCAAAGUAUGGAACAAAUUUUAAACAUUGUGCAAGAGCACGUUUUCGUGGCGGCCGCCAUCGCUGCGCUAUAUACAAUCGACGGCAAGCUGCUGCUAGCCCCCUCGCAGUUAGUCUCGGGACAAAAUUACGUGGCUGUCGAACGAGGGAAGUUUUUUAAACGAGCCAAUUAUGGCGGUGCAGCGUCUUCACUAUCAAGGAGUCCCCGAGCACCAUUUUUACCUCAAAUCGGCAACGGUCAAUUGACCAACAAAGAAGGACGAUUGCCAAAGAAGAAUAACUCGAAACGGAAACCAAGGGUUCAUCUUGCAAAAACUAAUGUCGAAAACAAAAGCAAUGAACUCUUGCCACGUGACCAGUCAAAAACUGUCAAAACUGAGUCUGUCGAGUCACCGCGUGACAUAGUAUCCAACUUGUCCCCAGACCUCACAACCUUUACUCGUGGGCUCCGAGUAUCUCAAGAUAAUUUCACAAUAUCUGCUUCGCCGCCUACACAGCUUGAAAACGAGACUCCAGUACAAGAAUACGCAGGACUUAAAGAGGAAGAUAACAAGGAAGAUAGUUUAACAGUUGGUAAUGUGUUUAAGGCCAGCGGCUUGCUCCAGGAGAAGGCGGCUGAAGUGAAAGACACACAUCAAACAAAGGAGGAAAAGCCAAUCGAUCUACUUCCGACGGAAGAAGUUUUGGAGGAAGUACUUGAACAGGUCGAAGACUUAAGGAAGAGUUCCGGCGAUAAAGACCAGGACACCGAAGGCAGGCAUGAGGGAAAUGAAGACUUUGAAGACAUUGAGACUGUGGAAGAUAAUUCAAAGUUGAAUCAAGCCAAGGACAAUAAAGAGAAGCCGCAAAUACAAGCCUGGCAGCAUGAAGAUUUAGAAUCACGGGCAGCUGCGGAGAGCUCCAAAGAGACGGAGCUGAAUUCUCGGCUCUCACCCAACGAUAAACGCCAGGAACCUUCAACCUCGUCAAACGUGGACGAUGAUAAAUCUACCCAUGUUGAAGCACCGAGUGAGGAAGAGAAAAAACAAGAUGAUGGUUCAAGGAGAGAGACUUCAUCUCCAGAAAAGGCAGCAAGUCCCGCGGCCAGAGAGAAGGAUGAAGACACGCCACCAAGCUCCGAGCCAGAGAAAUCUGAUGAAGAAGAUUCUGAGGAUUCUGAGGAAGAUGAUGACGAUGAUGAUGACGAAGAGGAGAAACAAGAAAACCAAAAUGAGUCUGACAAUCCAGCAAACGAAUCAGAAUCAAAUAAUGUUGAUAAAAACUCUGCGCCUGAUAAAGGUUCUAAUGAUGCGCAGAACAGUGACAAAACCAGCUACAUUUCAUCUCUUGAGGGCUACCAGCCAUCAAACGAGGUCAUUCUUUGUGAAACGUUAACUGCUCCCACACCAGAAACAUCCCGACCUCAGGAAAAUUUGCAGGACCCUGCAAAGUGUGGACAGGUUGCAAUCUUGAAGAAUGUGGAGAUAAAAGAAGAUAUCAAUGGCAGUCCAUCUGAUCCAAAGAGUGAAGACUAUGCAACCACAGAGGGACCUCCAGUAGCCCAUCAUGUCAUUGAAACUACCAGUGUAAGGGCGGAUACUGCCGGCAAAUUUACCGAGCGACAACCGGACAAAGAAGAUGAGGCAGUUGUGCAGUCUACGCUAAAAGAGGCCAGCAAAAUUUCUCUUGAAACAACAUUGAGUGUCUCCAUGCUAAGUCCAUCUGAUUGUUGCCUUACACAAGAGCUUCGAGAGAGUAAGCAAAACUCCACAAGUGUUCAACGUGGCAGAUUCAACCAAAAGUGUCAAUCUGAUCACAAAGCCGAAGAUACUGAUGCUACGAUUUCCUUCAGUAAGUCCCUGAGCAAUUCCCAAGAAGAGACAACAGAGAAAGACGCAACACGUUUAGCUCUUAAUAAUGGAUUCCCGAAAGGGGACUUUGUUGUUGUCGAUCACCAAGAAGAUGAAACGAGUGAAACUCAUAAAGUUGGCAAAGAUUUCAAGACGACAGUAAACCAGACAGAUAUUUCGGACCAUGGAGUGCAAAGAUCGAGCGAUGCUAGGGCGAAGGAGGGUCAAGAAAAUACCACAAGAGUGAACGCGGCAAAUGAAAAGGCAACGGCUACGAAAUUUGGUGUCGAUAAAGAGCAUGAAAACGAGACGUCCAUAGUCGAGGAAGCUGGUUUUUCCACUGGCACAAUGGAGCUUAAUACUUUGCUGUCCGACCCUGUGACUUUAAAUAAAGAAGCUAACCACCAAUUCCCUGCAAAGACAGGAGAAACGAAAGCCUGGAUCGAAUCUAAAGUAGUGGUAGGGGAUGAAAGCCACGAACAGAGCAAGAAAGAAAAUAUUACAUCUUCAGAAGAAAGACACUUGACAUUGAAUGAGUCUGACUGUUCCACACAAGAAGGCGAGAGGGAGCUCACCUUUAAACGGGAAGAUAAAAUAAGCGAUUUGAUUGGAGGGUGCACCACCCUGAUUGAUGAAAAUGGGAAUAUACUCAAGCGUAAUCUGACCACGAUGACGAGGACCUCACCAAGCGACUUGACUAUCUCCGAUGCAGCCGAGCAAUUAAUUUCUAAAGAUGAAAGUUCUGGUUCAGAGAAAAUGCAGUCUGCGAAAUUGGUUUCCAGUCACGAUGCAAAGGAAAGUGACGGCACUUCCUUGAAACAAAAAAUCACUGCAGAAAGUUCCAACCAAGGGAUUGGAUCAGAAGAACAAAAUAACUUGCUGGAGACAGAAAACGACAAGGAGGUUUCUGAACCAGUUUUAAGAUGCAUCCCAAGGCCAUUUAGAGGCAAAGGCAAGGACACAUCUUAUCCGAAGGGCUUUGUCCUCGAUGCAGAAGAGAACAGGGAAGUUGAAUUUAAAUCUCUCACAAGUGCACAGCCUUCAUCACUUCCUUGGAAAAUCAUGGACAAAGCAAAAAAGUUCAUCUGUGCCUGCUUAAAUGCUGAUAAUAAAGGCAUUAUCUACUUCGGAGUUGGAGAUUGUCAAGAACAGAAUUCCAAGUUUAAACGAGGCGAGAUUCUCGGGCUUGAUGUGGAAGACAUAAUAGAUGACAUAAUGAAGGCUUUUCAAUCCGUCCUUGAUGACCACAUUAAGAGUGAUGACGGCCCCCUUAAAAAAGGAGGAGAUCAGAGCUGCGUCAACAUAGAGUUCAUUCCCGUGACGAGUGAGGGAGAACGCACAAACUUGUAUGUCAUCGAAAUCGAGGUCUCUAGAGACUGGAAUUUGUGUAAGGACAAUGUUUACUACAGCAAAUGCUGGACUGAGAAAAGAGGAGUCAAGAUUGAGAAGGAUCAAUCCACAAAGAAACUGGCUGACUUUUACAAAGUGCUCAAAGAUGAAUUUGAUGACGUUGCCAUUCGAACCAGUGGCGCAUCCAGCAGUGUGAAGCAGCAUGAGGUUAACAGGCAGGUGAAAGAACCUCUGACGGCAAAGUAUAAGGAAUGGAAGAGGAAGACAAAACACGGUACGAGUGAGUCACCCGAAGGCCCUAUUCCGGAUGACUCUGACGUCGAGAGGUUCAGUACAGUGGUAAGAGAACGAUUACGAGAAAUGAACUUUAAAGACUUUGGCUACAUUUUAAUUGCCAACAAGUUGCCUCCCCAAUACAGACGAACACCACAUUUGGCUUUCCUACAAAAUAUCCCUUGGCUUGCAGUAUUCGAUUUGUUUGACGCUGCUUCGAAAAUAGAUGGCUUGCACUUUGUUUGCAACGAAACAACAGACGCACCCAGAGCAAAACUCAGAAGCCUCGAUGACUUCAAAGAGGUUUCAUCUGAUUGGAUAUCUGGGAAAGAUUGCACCCUCCCAACAAGAGGAACAACCUGGAUUUUGAACGACGAGGAAAUGCAGAAAGGAGACUGGAUAAAAUGUUGCAGAGACUGUUUUUAUCGAGCCCUCUCAGCAUACAAACUUUGUUUUCCUCCCGGAAAGAUUUUGUGUGUCUUUCUGGGACUUGGUGAUAAUGCCGUUCAGGAGAUGGUAGACAUCAUGGAAUGCUGUUUUAGCAUCUUUGGAAAUAUUGCAAGCAGUUGCAUCACCAUCAUAAGCGAAAACAAGAAUGUGGCAGAGGCAUUCAUCAAGGCUUCUAAACCUUCACUGCAGAAUGACUUGAAAGAAUGUUCCAUUGCCGGAAUUCCCUGGAGCCUGCUAAAAGAAAUCGUCCGAGAAUUGGUUGGGCCGACAAAGUUUGAAGAGAGAGGAGCAACAACUGAACUUCCGUAUUUCAAUGGUCAGCUUAAAGAAGUUCUUAACAAAGUGAUUCACUCAUGGAAUGAUCUCGAAGUUUAUAGUCCAAAUCCCCGACUGCCACGUUUAGCAGAGGAUAUCGAGAAAGCAAGAAAUGCCUUUUACAAGGGUGCUCAGGCAAGCCAGACAAAUUUAUUUCACAACCAUUGCAUCGCCAGGACGCUUGAAGAAGAUACGAAUCUGAAAAUUGAAAAUGCAUUGAAGUCAUUGUCUAAACCUGAUAAGGACCUUGACUGUCAUGUCAAGACCGUCACCGUUCUCUACGAACCAGGAUCUGGUGCAACAACGCUGUGUCGCAGAAUCCUGUGGAACAAACGAAAACACUAUCGAUGUGCCGUCGUUAAGGCAGUAACACCAGCUACAGAUUAUCAAAUCGAGCAACUCCAAGGAAUCCUGUACGAUGACAAGAACAUUAACUUUUCACCUCCCGUCCUAGUCCUAGUCGACAACGUUCCGGAGAAUGAAACCAAGCAUUUAACUGAGAAGAUCGUGAAAAGGCAGACCAAGUGUGUCAUCCUGUCAACGCUCCCUAUUGGAAAAUCAAAAAUCAAGUCUGACUUUGACAUCACUCCACUUCGACAACUAGAUGAGAAGGAGAUGCGACUUGUGAAAGAUAUACUAAUAAACAUCACGAGUGACAGCAAACGAAGAAGGGGUGCAGAAGAGGUUCUAGAGAGGGAGAAGCGUUUCAUUUGGUUCGGGUUGGAGCUUUUCGGACGUGACUAUGACAAGAUCGAGAAAAGGCUUCAGAACCAUAUCAGCAGUACUCUCGACUUUCUGGACGAUUCUCAAGAUAUUCAUGAGAUGGUCCUUAAUUUCUGCUGCUUUCUUCAUUAUUACAGUGAUGGACGCGCUAUCCUCCCCCACCCAGUUGUCAGUGACUUCCUUUACGAAGCCAGCAAUGAAACAGAAGAAAAAUGCGCACUAAUGCAACACAUUCACAAGAUCUUUGGAGGACUUCUUCUGGAAGGAUUCAAUGAGACAAAUGGUUAUCACGGCUGGAGGCCAGCACAUUCUCUCGUCAGUGAGGUUGUAAAGUCGAGAAUAAACAUCGAGGACAUCGCAAUACUUCUUUUGGAAAAGACUCACAAAGGAAAAGCUUAUGCGAACAAGUUCUUGAAGGAGCAAGUUUUCAAUCUAUUCUUGGAGCGCAAAAGAAUUUCCGAUACAGUUGUUCUGGAGGAUCUAGCGACAGAUGAAGGUAGUGUCGAUUCCGACUUCGAGUGUGAGGUGGUUGGCUUCUAUGAAGUGCGCACAAGGUAUUCUCCUUUGAUCAUGGAAAUCCUGAAAAGGGACAAUGACAUUCGCGGAGCCCUCCGGUUGCUUAUCACAAUUUGCCAGAAGGCCUCCCAAACUGAGGGGAUGGCAUACGCUUGGCAGCAGUUGGCUCGAUUCAUGGGUUAUGAGAUGCGCGCGAAAGAAAUGGACCCAAGCGAUAAAUUACAUCAGUUUCUUUACACCACUAUAAACGAGGAAGAGGACGUCAAACUUGACAUGCCAAAGACGGGUAUUGAAGCAGCACACGUUGCAGUGGAUAUAGCCAUAAAUCAGCAGCCUAAGCAAAGUCAUCACUACGUGACAAAAGGAUUUCUCUACUUUCUACAGCUAAGAGACUUCAAGCCAGAAGAACUGCUCAACAUUCCCAGCUCGUUGUCUGCAGUGAUCGAUAUAUGCCGCAAAGCACUAGACGUGUAUGACAAAGCACUAAAAACGACGCAUACACUUAACCACUACUCCAUGAAUGGAAAAAUUCAAGCCAUCGUCUCUCUUCUUGAAAUUGUAAAGGCGUUACCUUUCUUUCGUCCUGACUGUGAGAAGUUUACAAGGUAUUUGAAAAAAUCAGAAAUUCCUGACGAAAUGAAGGACGCAUUGACCCAAGAAGAGCAUACCUACGUCCAAGGACUCAGCACUAUGACACUUGAUCUUUUGAACGAGCUCUUCCGAGAUGUUAGGCUCCGACAGAUGACCACGUACGACGAAAACGAGAUCAGAGGCUUAAGUAAUGCUAAAAUCAGAGCAUCAAAAUUGCGACGAACCUUUUACGACGUUACUGGUUUCGACCGAAGUCAGCUUAGCGACGUGGAUGUUCCAAUGCUUUCGUCACCUUCAACGAGGGAUGCACCAGCUCUUCGCCAGCAGAUUGUUCAAGACAUUCUUUUCAAAUUUGACGAGACUCCAUACAGCUCCUGGGCGAACCUAGCUGACGGAGACGUAUCCAUGAUAUACAAGUUGCUGAUACCACUUUGCAAUCGUGGUUAUGGAAGCCAAGACGAUCUUUUAAUUUGCUGCAAGGCCUGCCUACGUCUGGAAAGGAGACCAACCGUUGAUGAACUGGACAAAAUCGUGAGCAAGUGGGUUGCGAAGUAUCCUAAUUCAGAAUGGGCUCAUCUUUUCAACUACAUGAUCCACUUUCCUACUCCUAAUGGAAGUCUUGCUGCCUUUAGUCAUUCUGCACAGUUAUCGAUUAAAAAGUGCGAUAAAAUCGUUCGAGACAAGACGGGAAUAGGAUUUCGGAAAUCUGGCGCUGAGUACUUUCUCGGAAAAGGAAUUGGAUUGUACGCCAUUGUAACCAGCCAAGAAUUUCGAUGGCUAGAGACAAAGUGGGAAACUAAGACCGACUUUUGGAGAAGCAGGGAGAUCUCGGAGAAGCUGGAACGCGUGUGUGGUCAAAAAGACGUCAAUUUCAAGGGGGUUAUAACGUACCAAGGAAUUCAGCUACGCUUUGACGAAACACGUUAUCCAUAUGAAAGUAAAGACGACUUGUGGUUCUACAUUGGCUUUUCUGUUGCAGGUCCUUAUGCUUAUGAUCCCGUCGACAACGACACCUACGACGUUUUGAGACGCAAAUCAAGCGAGAGCGCGAUGGCAAAUUUUCCAGCAACCGAAGUGACAAAUCCCAAAGACACCUGUGACAGGCCUGUCACAAGAAGGCGUAAACUACGUGAACUGAGAACUUCAAUCAUGAAAAGAAGUCAAGAGCUCAAGGAAGCUAAGACUGAAAAUAUUCUCCUAUCGGGUACCUUUUCUAGUUUUCCUUGCAGUACUCCUCGACGCCAAGCAGAAAACACGAGUAGCUCCUCCAUGCCACAUUUUCCUAACACAGAAGUUAGUAGCUGUCCUGAAAAUCCAGCAUUACUCCCAAACUCCACUUUGUCUUCAAGCUCCAAAGGGGUGCCAGGUGUGUCAUCUUGGGACAGUGCUGAUAACCUCAAUCACCCAACUUCCUCGUCAAGGCAGGUUUCUUGUGCUUCUGCUCUACAACUCGGGCCCACAAUACGGGAGGAACAGAUGAAGAAGGUUGCAACAAAACAAGAACCAGUUGGAACCUCCAAUGACACUCAUCGCACGCCUCGCCCACGCAGGACAAAAUUGCGUGGCUUGAAGUAUUCGAUCACGAAUAGAGGUCAAAAGCCAGACAAGGCUAAGUCCGAAAACCCAGAUGCGCUAUCAGAUAAUUUCACUAGCUCUCCUUGCAGUAAUCCCCAGUUGCAAGCAAAAAAAUCGAGCAGCUCAUCAAUGCCUCAUUUACGCAAUGUGUUGUCCAGUGACUGUUCUGACAAUCCUACAGUGGCCCCAACGUCCUCUUUGUCUUCAAGCUCCAAAAGGUUGCCAGGUAUGUCUUGGGACAGUGCUGAUAACAUCCAUCACCCAACUUCCUCGUCAAGGCAGGUUUUCUUUGCUUCUGAUCUACAACUUAAACCCACAAUACGGGAGGAACAGAUGACGAAAGUUGGAACAAAGCAAGAGCAAGUUGGAACUUGCAAUGACACUUCUCACACGCGUAAGGUAAAAUCUGAUCACCUGAAGUAUUCAAUCACGAAAAGAAGUCAAAAGCCAGACGAAGGUACGGCCGAAAUCCUAGAUGCCCUAUCAGAUGACUUUAAUGGCUCUCCUUNUGAAGUAUUCGAUCACCAAUAG